ACAAAGGAGGGAAAACGGAAAAAAUCCCAAAUCUUUAAAAAAUCUAAUAAAAUAUUCACAGAUAUAAAACACCCGCGCAAUGCUCGUUUCAUAUCAAACGACUAUAUAUAUUCGCACAUUACACGCGCCGGACUCGCUUUAUUAUAUUUCACUUCUCGCCUCUCCCAAAUACGUUCUUUCUCUGCAAUCUCUCUCGAAACCCUCGAUCUCCGAUUCAACUCGCGAUGGCGAAGCUUUCCGACGAGUCACAGUCCAACGGCGAGAAUUCGUCGGAGGAAGAGCAGCUGAACAACCAGAUGAUCGAGGAGGAAGAUGACGACGAGCUUGAAGCUGUCGCGAGAACCGCCGCCGAUUCCGACGACGAUGACGCCGCCGACGAUCGGGACGACGACGAUAAUGAGGAUGGUAAUGAGGAGGCGAAUGGUGAAGUCAGUAAGCAUGAGAAGGCAAGGCUAAGGGAAAUGCAAAGACUGAAGAAGCAGAAGAUAAAAGAGCUGCUGGAUGCUCAAAAUGCUGCUAUUGAUGCUGAUAUGAACAAUAAGGGAAAGGGGCGUUUGAAGUAUCUUUUGCAGCAAACGGAGAUCUUUGCACAUUUUGCUAAAAGCGAUCAGUCGUCACAUAAGAAGACAAAGGGAAAAGGUCGCCAUGCUUCAAAAGUUACUGAAGAAGAAGAAGAUGAGGAAUAUCUUAAGGAAGAGGAAGAUGGGCUUUCUGCAGGAGGGAAUACGCGGCUACUCGUGCAACCCUCUUGUAUUCAAGGAAAAAUGAGGGAUUACCAACUUGCAGGUUUGAAUUGGUUAAUACGUUUAUAUGAGAAUGGUAUAAAUGUAAUCCUCGCAGAUGAGAUGGGGCUUGGCAAAACAUUGCAAACCAUCUCCUUGCUUGGUUAUUUGCAUGAAUUUAGAGGCAUUACUGGUCCCCACAUGGUUGUUGCUCCAAAAUCUACUCUUGGAAAUUGGAUGAAUGAAAUUCGGCGUUUUUGCCCAACACUUCGUGCAGUCAAGUUCCUAGGAAAUCCUGAAGAACGAAGAUACAUACGCGAAGAGUUACUAUCUGCUGGGAAGUUUGAUGUUUGUGUUACCAGUUUUGAAAUGGCAAUUAAAGAGAAGUCUGCCUUGCGCCAGUUUAGCUGGCGCUACAUAAUAAUUGAUGAAGCUCAUAGGAUCAAGAAUGAGAACUCACUUCUUUCAAAAACCAUGAGGCUUUUUAAUACUAACUAUCGCCUUCUUAUUACUGGAACUCCACUUCAGAAUAAUCUCCAUGAACUCUGGUCUCUAUUGAACUUUCUACUACCAGAGAUAUUUAGCUCCUCGGAGACUUUUGAUGAAUGGUUUGCAAUUUCUGGUGAAAAUGACCAGGAGGAGGUUGUUCAACAGCUCCAUAAGGUCCUUCGUCCAUUCCUUCUGCGAAGGUUAAAAUCUGAUGUUGAGAAAGGCUUGCCCCCGAAGAAGGAAACUAUACUCAAGGUUGGCAUGUCCCAAAUGCAGAAGCAGUACUACAAGGCUUUAUUACAGAAAGAUCUUGAGGUUGUAAAUGCUGGUGGUGAGCGUAAGCGCCUUCUAAAUAUAGCGAUGCAGCUGCGUAAAUGCUGUAAUCAUCCUUAUCUUUUUCAAGGUGCUGAACCUGGUCCUCCAUAUACUACAGGAGAUCAUCUUGUAACAAAUGCCGGGAAAAUGGUUCUGCUAGAUAAGUUGCUCCCAAAGCUGAAGGAACGUGAUUCAAGGGUUCUAAUUUUUUCACAGAUGACAAGACUGUUGGACAUCCUAGAAGACUACUUGAUGUAUCGGGGAUAUCUCUAUUGUCGAAUUGAUGGAAAUACCGGUGGUGAUGAUCGUGAUGCUUCAAUUGAUUCCUUCAAUAAGCCAGGAAGUGAGAAAUUUGUUUUCUUAUUAUCAACUAGAGCUGGAGGCCUUGGAAUCAAUCUUGCGACUGCUGAUAUAGUUAUCUUAUAUGAUAGUGACUGGAACCCUCAAGUUGAUUUGCAAGCUCAGGACCGUGCCCACAGGAUUGGGCAAAAGAAAGAAGUUCAAGUUUUCCGUUUCUGCACCGAGUAUACAAUUGAGGAAAAAGUUAUUGAGAGGGCUUAUAAAAAACUUGCGCUUGAUGCAUUGGUUAUCCAACAAGGACGACUAGCUGAGCAAAAGACUGUUAACAAAGAUGAACUAUUGCAAAUGGUUCGGUUUGGUGCUGAGAUGGUUUUCAGUUCCAAAGAUAGCACAAUUACAGACGAAGAUAUAGACAGGAUCAUUGCUAAAGGAGAAGAGGCAACAGCUGAGCUUGAUGCCAAAAUGAAGAAAUUCACAGAAGAUGCAAUCAAAUUUAAAAUGGAUGAUAAUGCUGAAUUGUAUGAUUUUGACGAUGAUAAGGAAGAGAACAAGGUUGAUUUUAAAAAAAUUGUUAGUGAUAAUUGGGUUGAACCACCUAGAAGAGAAAGAAAGCGCAAUUACUCCGAAGCAGAUUACUUCAAGCAAACAAUGCAGCGUCAAAAUGGUCCCUCAAGGCCGAAAGAGCCUCGAGUUCCCCGCAUGCCUCCGUUGCAUGACUUUCAGUUCUUUAAUUCUCAAAGGCUCGCUGAGCUGUAUGAAAAAGAAGUUCGAUAUCUUGUCGUGCAAGCUAAUCAUAAAAAUCAUAUGAAAGACUCCAUGGACAUUGAUGAAGCUGAAGGCGGGGGCGAUCCUUUGACGGCUGAAGAGCAAGAAGAAAAGAAGCAGUUGCUAGAUGAGGGGUUUUCAACAUGGACUAAGAGAGACUUCAAUACUUUCAUUAGGGCUUGUGAGAAGUAUGGACGGAAUGAUGUCAAAGCUAUUGCCUCUGAAAUGGAAGGUAAAACAGAUGAAGAAGUUGAGAGAUAUGCAGAAGUUUUUAAAGAAAGAUACAAAGAAUUGAGUGAUUAUGACAGGAUCAUUAAAAAUAUUGAAAGAGGAGAGGCUAGAAUUUCCCGCAAGGAUGAGAUCAUGAAAGCAAUUGGGAAGAAAAUGGACCGCUACAAGAACCCUUGGCUGGAACUAAAGAUCCAGUAUGGUCAGAACAAAGGAAAACUGUACAAUGAAGAAUGUGAUCGUUUCAUGUUGUGCAUGACUCACAAACUUGGGUAUGGGAACUGGGAUGAGCUUAAAGCGGCAUUCCGGACCUCACCUUUGUUUCGCUUUGAUUGGUUUGUCAAAUCACGUACUACUACAGAGCUCGCCAGGAGAUGUGACACACUGAUUCGUUUGGUGGAGCGAGAAAACCAAGAGUUUGAGGAGAGGGAGAGGCAGGCUCGUAAAGAGAAAAAACUUGCAAAGAAUGAUACACCAUUGAAGCGGCCUGUGGCAAGGCAGGCUGCUGAGAGCCCACCUUCUAGCAUAAAGAAGAGGAAAUAAAUGAAAGAUUUUGUUACCCCGGGAGAGAGCUCUAGGACAAUUUUCCUAGUAGUUUAUUGUGACAUAGACCAAAACCCCAACCAAUUGUGACAUAGACCAAGACAACCGAUCCCUUUCUACAAUCAAUCAACCCCUCCAGAUAAUAUAGCUAGUUUUUCUAAUUAUUAGUCAAAGCUUUGAUCUUACAUGGAAUUUAACGUACAAAUCUUUUGUAGUGAACUUUUAUUGCUACCGGUUUUAUCAGAAUGUUGAACUCUGGAAUUUGGUAAAAUGAAUGUUCCCCGUGGGACAAUCUAUGGGGAUAUGCAUGUUAAGUUCAUUUGUUUCUUACUAAUGCUUGCUUUUCUUGUAGUGGUUACAGCGACUUGUAUUCAAUUAAUCUUCUUUUGAAAGAUGUACUCAGGUAAAAGAUGACAAUGGCGCUU